AGGAGGAAUGCAACGCAGUGGCGUAUCCCGGCGGUCGCCUAGCAACGCGCGGCCAGUGGGCGCCGUGGAGAGCGGAGAGAGAUCUCUGUAGUGGGCGCUCCGUGAAAACCGUUGGCGCUCCUGACCUUGGCGUCGCGAAUGCGCAAAGAUGCGCGACGCGAGGGGAGAUGCGACGCGUUUGUGAUCGCCGAGGCCCGCCGUCGUGUCGUCGUCGCCGGAGCCAGCGAGCGAGCGAGCGAGCCAGCGAGGGGCGACGCGAUGGAGGACAAGCGCAGAUGGAGCGCGUGACGGCGUCUCUUCGAGCGGAUCGGCGAACCUUGCGGUGAAAAGCAGAAGAGGCGAUGGUCCCGACGCGGCGCCGCUUUCUUUGGUGACGUCGGCGCGACACGUUGGGACCUCGGCAGGCAGCGCGUUUGUGUCGUGCGAGGAUACGGACCAUGUGGCCGGCUACGUUCAAAGACCGACCGCUGCCCGCGCGCCCGCUCCGCCGGCGAGGGACCGCAACCGUCGCCCGCUGCGCUCUGCUCUGGUGGAUGUUAUGCUCCCGCUGGUGGUUUACCAAGGCCACGAGCCAAAGGUUCUACCCCACGGUGACCACCCAGUACGGGAAGCUGCGAGGCCUGCGGGUGCCCGUGCCCAGCGAGGUGCUGAGGCCGGUGGACCAGUAUCUGGGAGUGGCCUACGCCGCCCCGCCGCUGGGAGACAAGCGCUUCAUGCCCCCGGAUCAGCCUUCCGCUUGGUCGGGUAUCAAGAACGCCACCCACUUCAUGCCCGUGUGCCCUCAGAACAUCCACAGCACCGUGCCGGAGAUCAUGAUGCCCGUGUGGUUCACCUACAACUUGGACACGGUGGCCUCCUACAUUCAAGACCAGAGCGAGGACUGUUUGUACCUCAACAUCUACGCCCCCACGGAGGAAGGAAGCCAGCACAAGAAAAAAGGCUCGUCUUUUUCUCAUGCUGAGACUCACAUAUCGGAAGAUAUACGAGACUCAGAAGCUCGCCCCGUGAUGGUGUACAUCCACGGAGGCUCGUACAUGGAAGGCACCGGAAACAUGAUGGACGGCAGCGUGCUGGCCAGCUACGGGAACGUCGUCGUCGUCACGCUCAACUACAGGAUUGGAAUAUUAGGUUUCCUCAGUACUGGAGACCAGGCCGCCAAAGGCAAUUAUGGACUCCUCGAUCAGAUUCAAGCACUCCGCUGGAUCAGCAAAAACAUCGGCUACUUCGGAGGCGACCCGGGUCGGAUCACGGUUUUUGGUUCCGGAAUUGGGGCUUCUUGCGUGAGCCUACUAACACUGUCGCACCAUUCAGAAGGUUUGUUCCACCGAGCCAUCAUUCAAAGCGGUUCGGCGCUCUCCAGUUGGGCCGUCAACUAUCAGCCGGUCAAGUACACUCGCAUGCUGGCUGAGAGGGUGGGCUGCAACGUGCUGGACACCCUGGACAUGGUCUCCUGUCUCCAGAAGAAGAGCGCCAAGGAGCUGGUGGAGCAAGAGAUCCAGGCCGCGCAGUACCGCGUGGCUUUCGGUCCGGUGAUCGACGGCGACGUCAUCCCCGACGACCCCGAGAUACUCAUGGAGCAGGGCGAGUUCCUCAACUACGACAUCAUGCUGGGCGUCAAUCAGGGCGAGGGCCUGCGCUUCGUGGAGAACGUGAUGGACCUGGAGGACGGCGUGUCCGGAAGCGACUUUGACUUUGUCGUCUCGGACUUUGUGGACAAUUUGUACGGCUACCCCGAGGGGAAGGACACGUUGAGGGAGACCAUUAAGUUCAUGUACACGGACUGGGCCGAUAAGGACAACCCAGAAACCAGGAGGAAGACCCUGGUGGCCCUGUUCACGGACCACCAAUGGGUAGAACCCUCCGUGGUGACGGCCGACCUGCACGCGCGCUACGGCUCGCCGACGUACUUCUACGCCUUCUACCACCACUGCCAGAGCCUCAUGAAGCCCGCGUGGUCCGACUCGGCGCACGGAGACGAGGUGCCUUACGUGUUUGGCGUCCCCAUGGUCGGCCCCACCGACCUGUUUCCCUGCAACUUCUCCAGGAACGACAUCAUGCUCAGCGCCGUGGUCAUGACUUAUUGGACCAACUUCGCCAAGAGCGGGGAUCCCAACAAACCGGUCCCGCAGGACACCAAGUUCAUCCACACCAAGGCCAACCGCUUCGAGGAGGUGGCCUGGUCCAAGUACGACCCCUACGACCAGCUGUACCUGCACAUCGGCCUCAAGCCUCGCAUCCGCGACCACUACCGCGCCACCAAGGUGGCCUUCUGGAAGCACCUGGUUCCCCACCUCUACAACCUCAACGACAUGUUCCAUUACUCCUCCACCACCACCAAGGUGACGCCGCUGGAUCCCACCCAGUCCGCCGGCAAGCGAUCCGGCGGCACCGGCCGGCCUCCUGCGUCCACGGGCCUCGACGGGGACCGAGGCGGGAGGGAGAUGGGCCCUCUGAUCAUGCCCAACCCCAGAGAUUACUCCACGGAGCUCAGCGUCACCAUCGCCGUGGGCGCUUCGCUGCUCUUCCUCAACGUGCUGGCCUUCGCCGCGCUCUACUACCGCAAAGACAAGCGCAGCCGUCAGGAAACGUCGCAGCAGCAGCAGCAGGCCAGUCCCCAGCGCGACGGCAAAGGCAACAACGACGUCAUCCGCGCCGCCACCGUGGACGAGAGCCUGUCCAGGAACCGGCGCGAGGCCCUGCGCAAUCCCGUCCACGUCUCUCCCACGCUGGACUACGCGCUGAGCCAGCGCCGCCCUCCCGACGACAUCCCGCUGAUGACGCCCAACAACGUGACCGUCAUCCCCAACUCGCUGAUGGGGCUCUCCGACAUGAGCCCGUACAGCACCUUCGCCGCCGGCUACAGCGCCGCGGGCCUGCCCAGCACCCACUCCACCACGCGGGUCUAAGCGGGCCAGCCGCGACGACAACUUUCUUUGUCUCGCUUCUUUUCCAGCCUCCGCUUCGUCUUUGUCUCGGAGGGCGCUCAUUUUCAUACUGCUGCCGUGGCAGGGGCAAACAACAACCAAAUUCUCAUUUGACACGAAAGAACUAAUAAUCACGUUUCUACAGGUGGAUUUGUACGGGAAGCUCUUUCUUAAUAUCUAUUUUGAUCUCACGCAGCGUCACAACUCAUCGCAGAUGCUGAACUCGGCAGUAUUCGCCAUUGUGGCUAUUUUAUACAUAUUUCUCAUUGCUUCUUAUGAAGAUGUAUUUCUAGCGAGCGCAGUUCUGUCCACCCAAUUCGACUGAAAGUGUGCUGGACUCCAAAUCCCCCAAAAUCUGACAAUUUGUACUGGGGGGUUGCGGGGGGGCAAUGAAGUGGCUCAUACACACAAAAAUAUGUAAAUGAGGCAUUCUUAUCAAACAAAAUCUUUUGCAUAUGUAGUGUUGUGUAAUUUAUCGUAGUCCCCUCGCUACUUUUUCCCCUCCUUUCAUGUUAUUUCACUUAAUAUAUUGUACAACUAUAACCUCUGCUUCACUAGGAAAAAAAAAAAAAACCCCAAAAAAACCGAAACGUCAGGCUUGAAAUGUGUUUUUGCUACUCUAACAAACUCUUUAUUCUUUUGGCUUUGCUCGUUUGUACAGAAUAACAUUUUAUUGCUAUUUCUUUAACGAUAUGCUAAACUCUUUGAGAAGAUACCUGUAAUUACAUCGUAAUCGUAUGUGCGUAGAACAAAACCAAUAUUGGCGUUUCAUCCGAGCUAGCAAGUCAGCGGCGCUUUGGACCUGGCACAUAGCGAAGGCCACGUUGCAUUCUCUGUCUUCUAAAGUCAUAAUGCGGUUUGACCUAUUAAACAAUUUUUUCCAACCUCAAGACGGCUCUUGUCGAGGAAAUGGAUUUCAUCAUCCUACCAAAUCUCUCGGGUGAAUAAUCUUUGGGUAUUCCGUGCAACGGUGUCGCGCAUCUUCUCCGCUUUGAGCUAACUUGGUACUAGCAGCCUAUUAGAAAUAAAAUAAAAUAAAAUAAAAGAAGAGAUCAAAGAUUUUGAUAGUAAAGCAAUAAACGUAACAUGGUCUUGAUCGACAACGUGAAAGUGGUAUUUAUGUAUUGUCUUUUAUGAUUACCCGGUUUGAUAUUUUCAUGGCGACUCGCUCGACACAAUUUUCCUUCUUGAAAACGAUUGGAUCAACUUCAUAUUGUUGUGUUAAACGAGCCAAAUAAAAUUGUUUGACAUGAAAAUGGGACAUCACGUUUCAGUCAACUUAACUGACAGUCGUGAAAAAUCAGAGCUGAUAUAUCACACACCCCAAAAAAAUCCUUGCAAUAUCUUUCCUCGUAAAAAGUGGGCACAAUUUGCAAUGUUGUUCGGGACGUUCGUGGGCCCCAUAAAAGGAUUGCAAGACAGACGUGCCCCCCCCCCCCCCACGUAUUUGACACCUACGCUGCACAGCCGCAGUGCAACACGGGCAGCGCUCGAAAUUGCUCAGGGGUGGGGUGGCGGGGGCAGGUCCCCCGCCCGUGGCAAGAUUCGUCAUUCGUCCUUUGCUACCAUCGUGUGGCCGUUUGGUGGUCCUUCAUCAUCGAGCGCUUUCGGCCACUCGAUGGAUUUUUCUAGGAUUUCUCUUACUCCAUUUGGUCACAACGACAAUCACGGUAAAGUAUUUGGCAUAAGUCUUCAUCCAAACAAUCGUUCUCAACAAGUACUAUUUAUUAUUCUCAAAUUGUGACGU